CUCAGGUCUAAUCUUAAACUUAAACACGAUUGAGACAAAAUACAUGUUACAGUCAGGAAGAUAAUACAUACUUGAUGACGUACAGUUUGUAAGUACUUACCAAAUCCCCAAUUGGUUGAUUCCAAUGGUGUGGUGAUAGCUCCGCCCAUGUAGCGUUCUUAAACUCAUUCAAUGCGUGAUACAUAGUGUCACAAGUGCACGUGUUUCCUUAGCAAUAUGAUUGCCUUUGAAUGCAUUCGUGUUGUUUUAAUAAAUAGCGGUUCAAUAGAUUGUAUUAUAAUUAUCUAGUCUUUUCUGGAUGUUUUUUGACACUUUCGUAUGACACAUAACCAAUAAGUGACUAUAUGAGUUAAGAUAAAAUAAAAGAAAAAAAAUUACAUUGAAUACAAUGGAUGAAAACGAACGAACAUCACAAACAUUACAUGUAACUUGUGGAAAUUCUAAUGUAUGGAGUGAAACAGUUUUUCAUGCAGUGUACAUACCUGAGGAAAAUGUUGACUCUUCAAUAGAAAACAAUACUAAAGAAAAUAUUCGAGUUUAUCAAGACAAAGCAGAAGCUUUGAAGAUAAUUAAAGAAUUUAAGACUGGUCGUUUAAAAUCAUUUAAAAAACGAUCAGAGGCUGAAGAAUAUGCUAAGACUGGCUUUGAGAAAGCAAAUUAUGUGAAUAGUACCUCAAUAUGUUCAACCGUACCUGUAAUAGAAGAAAAAUCAAAUAACUUUAAAGCUCCACGCUCUCAAGAGCUUGUAUGUUUUAGAAAAUUAGUUAAAGAUGGAGAUUUAUAUGCUGUAAAAACUACAGUAUGGGGUAAUCCACGAUAUUUGAUUGGUAGUGGAGAUACACCUGCAAUUUUGCAAGAAGGGUGCCGUUAUAAUGCAUUACAUAUUGCAGUUAGGGCAGAUAGACCAGAUAUGUGUGAGUUAAUAUUAAACACUGUUGGAAAUACAGACUUUAUAAAAUUACUUUAUGGUGAUGAAUGCAAGAGUUAUGUGGAUCGUGCACAGAUUAUGUUAGAUUUAUAUUUAAAUACACCUGAUAAGGGAUUGAAUGAAACUCCAUUACAUUUCGCAGUUAAAUUUGGUUUAAAAAAUGUAGUUCGAGUUCUUGUUUCUUAUCCAUGUUGUAUAAAAACGUUGCCAAAUAAAUAUAAACAACUACCAAUAGAUAUAAUUUGUAGUAGAAUGCAUCAAGAAGAUGAAGAAUUGAAAAAAGAAAUACGUUUACUACUAGAAGAUCAGUAUUAUGUACCUGUAUUAAGAUCAGAUGAUAAUACAUUACAACCUAUGAUUGGGGAACCUUUCUCUCCUACUAAUCCUUUGAGUUUAAAUACAGAUCCAAUCAGUCCACGUUUAGAAGUACGUGCAUUUGCUGGACCAAUGACAAAAUCUCGAGCAUUAGAAUUUAGAAAAAAGUGGAAAACGCCACCACGUCUUCGCAUGACUCCUAUUAAAAAAUCUGAUGACGAAUCUAAUGCUAUAUAUCCCACUAAUAAUUUAGUUUUAAGAUUACAAGAUGCAGAAAAGGGACUUGAACGAGUUGGAAGAGAUUUAGCAGAAGAAUAUCAGGUUUCGUGGAAGGAAUAUUGGCUAUUUUUAAACGAUUUUGCAGAUUUUCGUACUACAGAGGGUUUAACGAAACUUGAAAAAUAUUUGGAACGUAAAUUCCAGGAUCAAUUAUUUCAUUAUAAUAAGACAUCAAAUGAUAAAAAUAAUUCAAACGAAAAUUCAAAAAAGAAAUCGCAAAUUGAUGAAAUAGAUUAUUUAUGUAAUAAAUUACAAUCAUGGUCAUUACUUACAUCAAAUAAUGAAGAACAAAAUAAUGUAGACGAAUUAGAAUUUUUUACACCGCCAACAUCACCAAAAUUAAUGGUAGAUAGUUCUGAUGAUGAAAUGCAAAAUGCAGAGGAAGGUUUUGGGACAUUUCUGGAAGGGCCAGUACCAACAAAGUUAGAUCAUGCUGUUUAUAAUGCAGUAUCGACAUCGCUUAAUUCCAUUACAUAUCCAAACAUUUAUCGUUGGCAACAUGACAUGCAACUUGCUAUGAAACGUGAUUUACAUAGAAAAAAUAGUAUGAAGACAAUUAGAAAAAAAUUGAUUAUGAGUUUUUAAAUAUGUAAAAUAUCAAAAUGUUGGACAUUGUAUAAAACUAAAGCUAUAAAAGUUUUUUAUAUUGCGCACAAUAAUAAUAAUUUGUUAAAUAACAUUAAAAUAUUUUAAAACAUUAAUUAUACUAAAAACAAUAUAUUUUCAUAAAAUUUUAUAUAUAAUUAAACUAAUUAUAUGAAAACUUUAUAUAUUGUUUUUUAAAUUACCACUUAUAUUUAAAUUCGUAUAUGUAAGGGUAAAGUUGUGUAUAUUUUUAUAUGUAACAACAUUAAUAAUUACGUUACAUAUUUUAUUUUUUAAAUUUAAUAUUUAUUCGUAUACUUGCUAUUAAUAAUCUUUAUUCACAAUAAUAUUACAUUUUUGCUUAAUAGAUCAUAUAUGAUCUUUUCGAUUUUAAAUAUUAUUGUAACCUCCAUACAUUUUUCUUUUGUUUCAUAAUAUAUUUAUACAUAUAUAUAUAUAUGUGUGUGUGUGUGUGUGUAUAU